ACGCAAAGUGAAUGAUUUUACUCAAGUCACUGUUAUUAUUAUUUUAGAAUAGUUUUAAUUUAUCAGCAUUUUUGUUUAAUAUUGUCAUACCCAUAUAGAUAACAAAUAGUUGAUGCGAAUGUUAUUUUCAUUUUAGGAUGAGCAGCCUGGAUAUCAGGGAGGUGCCGCGUGGCAGUGGCCUGGAGCGGCCGCUCCACGCUCCCAAACGAAAGAGAAUUUUGCCGUCGGCAACUGUUACCAACAUCCGAGAGCAUGUGGGAGCGUGGAGCACUGACGAUGCUGGGCUGCCGUCGGUUCCAAUUGACAUUCCAACUGAUGUGCCGGACCCCACCCCAGCAAGAGGCUGUCAAGAAUAUGCUACCCAGAAUAGGGACGCGGUUAAACGUUACUCGCAAAACCUACGAAACACUAAACACUGUAAUGAAGAAGAUGUUAGAUACGUCGAAUGGACAAGACACAUAGGAUUCCAUCAUCAUAGCCAAUCACAUUGGUGAUUAUUCCAUUUUUCAUAGUCAAAGAGAAGCCACAAUACAGUAUCUACGUCAUGGGACAGUUUCUUGGGUAUCCCAACUUGAUUGUCCGAAAACACGACAAAUGAGCUCGAAAUCAACGCGCGGUGCAUGUCCCACAUGAUGUAGGAGCCUCUUUUGACGUUCGAAAUUAUGUUGUCUAAAAAAGGUGGACUUAUAAUUUUGUAUUAACUCCACGUGGAUUCGUUUGUGGUGGCUUAUGCACCCAAACGAUUACGUUUGAUAUUUUCUUGUAAAAAGAUGAGUUUCGUCCACUUCUAAGACGUCAUCAUCGGGACCUAGCAUUGUACUUUGCGUAAUAGCGCCACACCUUGGGAACUAAAAGUUCAAAUUUUCAUAUGGUAUAUUAUCGUAUGUGAGUAUGUGAAAAAUAUUAAAUAUACCCCUGUUGUAAAAGUAUUGUCUGUCACUGAACUAUUAUUCUCCAAAAACGUAUAACUACGUGAGACAAACUUUCAAUACAUGCCUUCAUUCAUUCAUGAAAUGCAAUAAACACAUUUUGACUUUGACUUCCUCAACUUAAGACUCAAGUGGUAUAGCCAUAUAAAAGGAGAUCCAGGGUUUACUGAGGAAUCCUUUCAGGCACUUAAAGCAAAGGCACAAGUGAGCCAGCAACGACCAUAAUUGUGCUCUUGACAUUCGAUGCACUUGCUAUUAGGCGUCAGAAAAUAUGGGACGGUACGCACAACGAGCGACACUCGGACUACAAAAUCGGGUUUCGUUGGCGUUAUCGCAGAGCUGGGUGCAGCAAUGUUUUAUCGCCGACGAAAAAAACUUUUUUUGAGCGAAGCAAGAUGUCGGUCCUAGACACAUUGCGAUUAAUAUUUCACUUUUUUAGGCUGCAUAAGGCGACUAAAGAAGUAGGUGUAACACGUACAACAGCGGUUCAAGUAUUUCAUUACUUAAGAGAAGUUUGUGAGAUGGCCGAAGCGCACGACAGAGAGAUACUAGGUGGGGAUGAUGACGUCUUAGAAGUGGACGAAACUCAUCUUUUUACAAGAAAAUAUCAGAAGACGACUUCUACGACGUCAAACGUAAUCGUUUGGGUGCA